AUGGCAACAGAAGCCGUCCACCAAGAUACAGCGGACUCAGGAGAGACAGAUGCAGUGGAUAGAGCACUUGCUGAUGUAUUCGGAAGGGAUCAUUGGGUCAUUCCUGCUGUGAAGGCCGCACUUGAAGAAAGCAGGAGAACUAGAGAACUGGUGAGGCAGGCUGUCAUACUUGGUCUUUAUUACACAAAAUAUCUAUGCAAAAAUCCACCUAGGCAACCCCCUAAAACAGGACAUGAGUGGGUACUAAGGACUCUUCGCAAUGAAAAUUCUUGUUACAACAUGUUUAGGAUGAGCCCUACAUGUUUUGAGAUGCUGCAUGAGGUUUUGGUUAGGUCAUAUGGGUUGAAGUCAACAAGUAGGAUGGCAUCUAGAGAGGCUUUAGCCAUGUUCUUGUGGAUGGUUGGGCCCCCUGAACCUGUGAGGCAGGCAGAGGAUAAGUUUACAAUGUCAAUGGAGACAAUAAGUAGAAAAUUCAAUCAUGUCUUGGAUUGUGUGUGGAGGCUAGCCAACGACAUAAUAAAACCAAAGGACUCUGAUUUUGGUUCAGUGCACCCAAAGUUAGGAAACCAUAAGUAUGUUCCACUGUUCAACAAUGCAAUUGGAGCCAUUGAUGGAACACAUAUCAGAGUCAUUGUGCCUGGCAACAAGCAGGGCGGGCCGUAUUUCAAUAGGCACAAUGACAAAACUCAGAAUGUGCUUGCCAUCUGUGACUUCGACCGGAGGUUCACAUUUGUUGCAGCUGGGAUUCCAGGAUCAGCACAUGAUUGGGCAGUCCUUAGGGAGGCGAUGGAGAGGUGUGGUGACAAGUUUCCACAUCCACCUCAAGGCAAGUAUUACCUUGUGGAUGCCGGGCACCCAAACCGAAGUGGGUUUUUGGCACCGUACAAGGGGGUGACGUAUCAUCAGGCAGUAUGGAAACGGGCGCCUUGGCCUAGAGAUGAUGUUGACGAGGACACAGGUCAUGAUGCCGUAGAGGGCGACGAGGAUGACAUGAAUGCACUCCGUGAUGACAUAGCCGCAAGGUGCCGGAUGGCUGAAUGUGCUAGACGUAUGUGA